UUGAAGAUUAUGGACCAGACUGUGAUAGCAUGAGGAUAACAGCUUUCUUGGAUAUUCCUGGGCAGGAUAACUUAACUCCUCUGGCUCGUCUAGAAAAAUAUGCCUUCAGUGAUAACAUAUUUAACAGACAAAUUAUUGCCAGAGGUCUUCUGGAUGUCUUUCGAGAUUUCAGUAAUAAUGAGGAAGACUUCCUGACUGUAAUGGAAAUAAUGGUCAGGCUCUCUGAAGAUGCAGAACCAACUGUACGUACAGAGCUGAUGGAACAAAUACCUCCUAUUGCCAUUUUUCUGCAAGAAAGUCGACCAAAAUUCCCAACAGCAUUUUUUGAAUACCUUAUGCCCAUAGUGGUGAGAUACCUCACAGACGUUAACAAUCAGGUUAGAAAGGCAGGUCAAGAAGCACUGCUUAUACUGCUAGAACAAGAUCUUGUUGCUCAGAGUGACAUUGAAAAUAAGGUGUGUCCAAUUCUGUUGGAUCUCUCCGCUCCUGACAGUGACGAUGAGUACAAGGUGGAAGCUGUGAAUAUAAUCUGUAAAAUGGCUUCUAUGUUGAGCAGAACUACAGUUGAGCACAUGCUCCUUCCUCGUUUCUGUGAACUGUGCAGUGAUGGGAAAUUGUUCCAAGUCCGAAAGAUUUGUGCAGCUAAUUUUGGUGACAUUUGUAAUGCAGUUGGGCAAGAAGCCACGGAAAGACUGCUGAUUCCCAAGUUCUUUGAACUCUGUUCUGAUAGCGUUUGGGGAAUGAGGAAAGCUUGUGCUGAGUGCUUUAUGGCAGUGUCUUACACUACAUCCCCAGAAGUUCGCAGAAGCAAACUAUCCCCGCUGUUUAUCAGUCUCAUUAGUGACACUUGCAGAUGGGUUCGUCAGGCUGCUUUUCAGUCUCUUGGCCCAUUUAUUUCUACCUUUGCAAACCCUUCAAGUGCUGGUCUUUACAUUCGAGAAGAUGGGACACUGAGUAUCCGACCAUCAAUGCAAGAUGUGAAUUCCAAUUCCUGUCAGCCAAGCAACAAUAUAACUGUGAUGUCCUCUAGUACAAAUGAUACCUUGUCCAGUUUGGAACAACCAAUGGAAAUCAAACCAGAAUCAUCGAGUGAGGAGACUUCAGCUGAAGUUAAUACAAAGCUCUCCAUGGAGAACCUAAGUAAAGAUACGCGGGAAGAAAGUUCAGCUUAUUGUACCAAUCCUGGAGAAGAUGUGUCUCAGUUGUCUCAGGGUGACAAAGCUGCUGCUGGUGUCAUAGAAGUCACUAAGGACAGCAGUUUUCCUGGAAUGAACUCAAGGCUGCAGUCUGCUGAGGAUGUAUUUAAUACUUUUCUAUACUGGCGCCCUCCUCUGCCUGAUAUAAGUCAGGAUCUGGAGUUGCUUCAAUUCAAGACUGAAAAGCACAAAGAUAGUUGCUCUGUGCCAUGUAAUAACUGUGUUGCUAGUAGUGAAAUAAAAAAAGUUCUGGAAAGCUUACAGGAGCACAUAGAUGAUCCGGAUGUUCAAG